AUGACUUCCCAUCCUAUUCCCCGUAUAUUGGAUCUGAUGGAGCUGAUUCCAGCUUUUGAGGAUGAUGGGAGACAUAGAUGGAGGAGGAGAGGAGGGCGAGGAGUUGUAGUAGGUGGACGAGGUAGAGGUGAUGGAGGAGGAGGUGAUGGGGGAGGUGGUGAUAGAGGUUUUGGAAGAGGAGGAGGAGGAGAAGGGGGUGGUGGUGGUAGAUUUGGAGGUGGGGGUGGAUUUGGAGAUGGAGGUGGUGGAGGAGGAUGGUUAUAUCGAAGAGGGAGAGAUGAGAAGCCAUUGCAACUAUCAUAG